GUGAUUUAUUUUGUGUCACUGGUAUAUUCUGGAUAUUUUCUCAGUAUGGGUGAAAUGUGUAAUAUUCACAUCUUCUCUCUCUUUGCAUGCAUCUCUUGUUCCAGAUGUAUAUCCAAACUACCACCCUGACAAUCUCCCUCAGCCUCUCUGCCUCCGUAUCUCUGGGGAUGCUCUACAUGCCCAAGGCCUACAUCAUCCUCUUCCACCCGGAGCAGAACGUGCCCAAAAGGAAACGUAGCUUCAAGGCAAUCGUCACAGCAGCCACCAUGUCGGGAAAGCUGACCCAGAAGGGAGGAGACAGGCCAAACGGAGAAGUCAAGACCGAACUGUGUGAGAGCAUGGAGACCAACAGUGACUUCGUCAACUAAGACGACAUACGUCAGCUACAGCAAUCACGCUAUCUGACGGGACGGGUCUUCUAAGGAGCUGAGCAACAGAGGAGGAAGUGUGGAUCGGGGAAUAAACGGUGAAUGCACAGAGCACCCAACGGAAAUCAAGCAUGAGACAUUUUGUAUUCGUUACCCAUCAAAACCACAGGUGGGACAUCAAACAGCCAGUCAGUGUGCCUGCUUUGCUGCUACUCUCAGCUCAUUGGUCCUGCCAUGAACUUACCUGUUUAAAGGAAAAAAAAAAAUCCAUCAAGUGACAUACCACAAGUCAAUGGACAGCAAAAAACACAAAAAAAAAAUUAUAAAAAUGAAUAUCUUUAAGAAAGGUCUGAAGAUGUGUAGAAAUUAUAUAGAAAAGGGCAAAGGUGGGGCUGAAAACCAGAUUUAACAAAUUACAUUUUAAGAUAUUUAAAAGAGAAAUGUAUGAGAAAAUCUAUGAGACUCAAAGUGUGUGUUGUUGUUCUCUACUUGUAAGUAUUUUUGUGGUUGUGGCAAUUUUUUCCAUUCUCGUCUCACCGAUGUCUUUGGAUCGCCCUUGCAUAAUGAGAUGAGUGUGUUUCCUCCUUCUGUCUUGGCGAUCCGGGUUGUAGCCUUGGGUUGCGAACCUGUAAAAUGCCAUGGUUGAAGCAUGCCUGUUUUUAUACAAAAAGGAGAUUUAUUUAUAAUAAAGGAAUGUUUUGCAAAUG